CCACAUUAUUGAAUCGCGAAGCAAUAUCGACCAUCCUCGCUCGCGACUUACUUCGGCAUCCUCAAACCAUCUUCCAUUUCUCUACCGCCCGGCAAUAAUCAGAUACAACACCCAACAUGUCGGACCCAAAGAGAGCCAUCAUGGACCAGAUCCGACAAUCCACUGCGCAGACCAAUGCCCGCGCUCUCGUCGAGAAAGUGAACGAACACUGCUUCGAGCGAUGUGUUCCUAAACCCGGCGCCUCACUAUCAUCGGGUGAGCAAACAUGCUACAGUCAGUGCAUGGACAAAUACAUGGCUGCGUGGCAGACCGUAUCGCGGCAGUUCCUGGCGCAAGCACAGAAAGGAAUGAUUCCAGCUGCAAUGGAGUAGGGAAGGAACGAUGCGUUGUAAUGCGCAACAGGAGCCGAGAUGUAAAAUACCAGAGCCAGGCUACGAAAGAGUUGAUGGCGUUCGGGGAAAUGAUGUCCAAUAGAACCGGAGACGACUCCGUCGGCGGGAAAGCGUGAUGUGCAAACGCCGAAAGACUAUCGGAGAGGGAGGCAAAAGCAGUGCGAUUGAAGCAGUCGACAGUAGGCAUGCGAAACGAUGGAACAACGGAUCUCGAAAGAGUGCCACAGUCUCAUGCUCGUGCCUGCUGAGCAUCGAAGACUCCCACGCACUACCACCGUCCGAACGCGCCGAGCCAAAUGUACAACAUGUAUCAAUUUUAUAUUACUUCUCUGUGAAGGACAUUUUUUAUAUGUGCCAAAUAUGAAAGGCUUCGAGCAUGACUACCUCAUCGCUUGGGUUGUUGA